AUGGCACGUACAGCUUUAACUUGGUGUCGUCUUGCAGACUCGGCCGUCUCUUUGUCCGGCAGGCAUUUCGCCCCCUUGCCAACGGUUCGGCCAGAUCAGCCCAGCAUACGAGAAGGCAAUUGGCGCGUUACCAACCCGUCGACCACAUACUCUCGACCGGGGCAUGUUUGGGGCCGAAGUGAUGGCCAAAUGGAGCGGCUUGGCACGAAGCUCGGAGGGCUGUGGGUGAUGCGAAAAUGUGGGCGUUGUUUGCUUGCAAACCGGAGCGAAAUGACAGACGGAAGAGGCGACGGACAACACGAGCGACAGAUAAACACAGGCAAAAAGUACUCUUGA